UCGGAACGAGGGGGCAGUGCUGAGAGCACCGGAGAAACAGCAGAGGAGAAGCAGCCGCUAACCGGGAGAGAAAGGGAAGAAAGGAGGCGAUCAGACAAAGGAGAAGACCCGCUAUAAAGCUGGGGAAAAACUAUAAAACUAUGUUCUGUUGCACAAUGGGCCAGAAAGGAGAGAAACCUUAGUUGGAAGAAGCAAGGGGAGAAAUCUCUAGAACCAAUGGAAGAAUAGAAAGAAGGUGUGAGGAGCCACCUGGGACUGACAAGUGUUGCCUGGGGGUUAUAUCAGCAAAAGUUCCUGAUCAACACAAGUGGCAAAGAUCCACCUCCCUUGACAGCUGGUGGGAACAAGGAUAAAAGUGAUAUCCCUGGAACUAGACAACUUUUUUUUAUACUUUGCUGGUGGUCCAGAAAUAAGACUCUUUGGAAAAAGAAACCAGGACAGAAAAAACAUCUAAACUUUAUUUAUCCAGUUGCCUGCAUGAGAGACCUGGGUUCUAGGAAAGAAAAAAAUACCAGUCAUCUUUUCAGGAUAAAUUGUACAUUUAUUGGGCUGAGAACAAUUCUUUGUGGAGUGUCUGGAGCCGUGAUUUGAAAACUUCAUUGAUAUUUUAUUUGCACUUUGGAUCAUAAGCAUGAGUGAGUUCUGGUUGUGUUUCAAUUGCUGUAUUGCAGAGCAGCCUCAGCCUAAAAGGAGACGGAGGAUUGACCGAAGCAUGAUAGGCGAGCCAACAAACUUUGUUCACACAGCUCAUGUAGGAUCAGGUGAUCUGUUCAGUGGAAUGAAUUCAGUUAGCUCCAUACAGAACCAAAUGCAGUCUAAGGGAGGUUAUGGAGGUGGAAUGUCUUCAAAUGUCCAAAUGCAGCUUGUAGAUACAAAGGCAGGAUAACCUUGGGAGCCCUUUCCAGUUCGCGUGAAUUUCCAUAUCUCUUCUUUCUACUGUUUUGUU